CAGCAGUUUGAGGAGAUGGAGCAUGCAUUAGGCCCCCAAAAAGGUGGAAACAGCGAUGAGCGCUCAAAAAGGAAAUCUCCUAAGCUACCGAAGGGUUGAGAUUCCUUACUUUUUUCGCCUUGGAAGCUCAACGAACAUUCAGAGCUUCAAAGAACAAGCGGAGAUGACAAGGUUUUUUUUAGGUAAGUAAGCAAAAAACGAUAUAGCAUGUCGGAGGGUUAAAGCAGACCGGCAUUUCAAAUUAGAAAAAAAGUAAAAAAAAAGCCUUUCACGUUAACUCACGUCUCGUCACCUUUUUUAAUGCUAAUUUCCAGCUCAUUGGGCGGCUUUAAGCUCUGGUGGGCAAUUUCUUCACAUAUUAUGGGAAAAGCAUGGGGAAAUGAGGGGAUCCUAGUAAAAAAAGCUGCAGAAGCUGGAGUUGAAAAUUCACCAGGUUGCAUUCAUGUAUAUUUGCUUCUCUCUGCAUCUAGCUUGUUUCAUUUUGUUUCUUUUCUUUUCAAUUUCCUCUUUCAUUCUUUGAAUUGAAUGGCAUCAACACCCGUUGGCUAUUGGGGUCCUGUAACGAGUUCAGUGGACUGGUAAGGCCUUUGGCUAUGGAUGGAAGGACACA